GGAAAGUUGUGUCGUGUAUGGCUCCGCCCACUUCCCCCAGGGUGGGGGAGAGCCAUAUAUAAGUGCCGUAGUCCUCCUGAACGUUCUUUUUCGCAACGGGUUUGCCGCCAGAACACAGGUGUCGAGAAAACCACCACUAAAUCAAAGCCAAAAUGGGAAAGGAAAAGACUCACAUCAACAUUGUCGUCAUUGGACACGUAGAUUCCGGCAAGUCUACCACUACUGGCCAUCUGAUCUACAAAUGUGGUGGGAUCGACAAGAGAACCAUCGAAAAAUUUGAGAAAGAGGCUGCUGAGAUGGGGAAGGGCUCCUUCAAGUAUGCCUGGGUCUUGGAUAAACUGAAAGCUGAACGUGAGCGUGGUAUCACCAUUGAUAUCUCCCUAUGGAAGUUCGAAACCAGCAAGUAUUACGUGACCAUCAUUGAUGCCCCAGGACACAGAGACUUUAUCAAAAACAUGAUUACAGGCACAUCUCAGGCUGAUUGUGCUGUCCUGAUUGUUGCUGCUGGCGUUGGUGAGUUUGAAGCAGGGAUCUCCAAGAAUGGGCAGACCCGUGAGCAUGCCCUUCUGGCUUACACACUGGGUGUGAAACAGCUGAUUGUUGGUGUUAACAAAAUGGAUUCCACUGAGCCUCCCUACAGCCAGAAGAGAUAUGAGGAAAUUGUUAAAGAAGUCAGCACCUACAUUAAGAAAAUUGGCUACAACCCUGACACAGUAGCAUUUGUGCCAAUUUCUGGUUGGAAUGGCGACAACAUGCUGGAGCCAAGUGCUAACAUGCCUUGGUUCAAGGGAUGGAAGGUCACCCGCAAAGAUGGCAGUGCCAGUGGAACCACACUGCUUGAAGCUCUGGAUUGCAUCCUGCCACCAACUCGUCCAACUGACAAGCCCCUGCGUCUGCCCCUCCAGGAUGUCUACAAAAUUGGUGGUAUUGGUACUGUCCCUGUGGGCCGAGUGGAGACUGGUGUUCUCAAACCUGGCAUGGUGGUCACCUUUGCUCCAGUCAAUGUUACAACUGAAGUCAAAUCUGUUGAAAUGCACCAUGAAGCUUUGAGUGAAGCUCUUCCUGGGGACAAUGUGGGCUUCAAUGUCAAGAACGUGUCUGUCAAAGAUGUUCGUCGUGGCAAUGUGGCUGGUGACAGCAAAAAUGACCCACCAAUGGAAGCAGCUGGCUUCACAGCUCAGGUGAUUAUCCUCAACCAUCCUGGCCAAAUCAGUGCUGGUUAUGCACCUGUUCUGGAUUGUCACACAGCUCAUAUUGCUUGCAAAUUUGCUGAGCUGAAGGAGAAGAUUGAUCGUCGUUCUGGGAAAAAGCUGGAAGAUGGCCCGAAGUUUUUGAAAUCUGGUGAUGCUGCCAUUGUUGAUAUGGUUCCUGGCAAGCCCAUGUGUGUUGAAAGCUUCUCUGACUAUCCCCCUCUGGGCCGCUUUGCUGUUCGUGACAUGAGACAGACAGUUGCUGUUGGUGUCAUCAAAGCAGUGGACAAGAAGGCAGCUGGAGCUGGCAAAGUCACCAAGUCUGCCCAGAAAGCUCAGAAGGCUAAAUGAAUAUUAUCCCUAACACCUCCCACCCCAGUCUUAAUCAGUGGUGGAAGAACGGUCUCAGAACUGUUUGUCUCAAUUGGCCACUUAAGUUUAAUAGUAAAGGACUGGUUAAUGAUUACAAUGCAUCGUAAAACCUUCAGAAGGAAAGGAGAAUGUUUUGUGGACCAUUUGGUUUUUUUGUGUGUGGCAGUUUUUAAGUUAUUAGUUUUUAAAAUCAGUACUUUUUAAUGGAAACAACUUGACCAAAAUCUGUCACAGAAUUUUGAGACCCAUUAAAACAGUUUAAUGAGAAACCUGUGUGUUCUUUUGGUCAACACUGUAACUUUAGGUUAAAAGACUUUUAAGAGUAGCCCAUAACCUAUUUCUGGUGUUAUAUCUUUAUAUCUGCUGAAAAUUUAGAAAUGAAUAAUUCUGUUAGGGAAUUUUUUUUUUGGUGGGUGGGAAUUUUUUCACUUUGUCCUGUUUAUGUAGGAGGAAUCUGUUUAUGUAGUAAAAGCUAUGGGGGGGGGUCGCUCUGGUGCAACACUAAGUAGGUUGGGACAAAUAGGCAAAGUAACUAUGUAAGUUAGUUUGUAAAGGCCAAAUUUUGGUAUAUAAAAGUCCACGUGUUUCAUAUAAAAAUUUGUAGUUAACAUCACAAGUAAAUUUGUUAAUGUCAAAUUUUAGUUUGAAUUUUUACUGAAAUGUGAAUUCACGUUUACAAGUGAUGAGCUAGUUUAAACAACUUCAAGUGAGGCUUAAAUAGUUUUGAGCACUGUCUUGCUAGUUAAUUGUAUCUAGAUUCUAGGAAAAAUAAAUGAUACUGGAAGUUGAGUGUGUUUUGUCACUUAAAUAUUUAAAAGUUCACUUCCAAUAGGAAUUUUUAUCUAAAGCCAAGUUGGAUAAAAGAACACUGCCACAUAGGAGGUUAAGCUCAGAGUCUCAAAAGGUAUAGUGGUAAAUUAACCUAAAUGAGGGGGAAGGACAUGGCUUUGGAAGUUUUGCUUGGUGCCACUUAAAUAACAUUGUACCACUAGAGGUUACAAAGUUGCUAAAAUUUGUUGGACACAAAGUAAAAUGAUUUGGUGAUUUGCAUGUGGUUAGUUACAAGGGAGAAAUAUGAUUAUAAGUUAAUAGAAUGUUUACUUAGGUCUGACAGCCAUCUAAAUUUCUGGGUUUUGAUAGCUGGUAGGUUACUCAACACUUAAGGCAUUCUAUGAACCUGAAGAUGAUACAUAGUGUCCAGCUGAAAGUGGUAAAAUCAAAACACCUUGUACUAUGAGAUUAGGGUUAUGUGAAUGGAAAGUAUCCUACUAAUUUUCAAGUUGAUUACAAUUUGAAGUUUUUGUUUAAUUCUCAAAUAGACUUGACCACUAGCUGAACCAUGGAUGGAGGGGUGUAGAGUACUAAAAGAUUUCUUCACAGCCUCUUGUGUCAACUCUCCCCUCUUUUAUACUGAUGAGAGAUUUCUUUCAAAAAGCCAGUAGCUGAUGUAAAAGCAAGUUUGACACAGCUGUAGGGUUGACUAGUAUAGGAUCAACUGUUUAGCCUUCCCCAUAAAUGAAUUAGCUCGCUAGGAAGGAGGGCAGCCAGAGUCCAGAAAAUGAGUUUAUCUAGAUGCAUGCUUUCUCUUCAUAAAACCCAAGUUAUGUGUAAGUUUGUCAAGAUAAUUGCCUGGUUUUCAGCACCAUCUACUGGUGGUCACUACAAACUACUUUUACAUUCAUGAAUAGUUUACUUACUCUACUGAGUUUCUAUUAUAAGUGCAUUUUCUUGUUUUAAUUAAACUUGGAGUGGCUUUAUAAAACUUAGGACAAACUGGUGCUUUAAAAGCAUUUUUUUAGUUUCCUAAGUGGUGUAUUUUAUGUAAAGAUCUCUGGAUCUUGUCAUUUGUUCCAGGAAUUGUGGUGUGGCUUUAGAAUAUGAAAAAUUGGAAAGGCAGCCUGGUUCAGGAGUUAAACACAGAUUAUCUGUAAGGCUUAUCUGAAUUUUUAAAACCAUUCUAUAGGCAGUGCAAAAUAACUAAGUUUUUUGGUUACACCCUCACCUUUUCUGUAGUUAAUCCUAUUGAUAAUUCACCCCCUAUAUCUCAGGUGCAUGAAGAACUCAGCUACCUGGGUCAAGAACCCAGUCUAGUAAUCACAAUUUAUGCUGAACUACUAACAUAUAACCAGUCUCAUUUUUCCAUGAAGCGUGCAUACGGUUAUUGGCCAACAUUACCAUGGGAUUUUAGUGACUACGCAUUUGUAUCUUCCUGUGGUGGCUCCAAAAGACUUAAUUUGUCAUAGAGGUUCUGACUUAAAUACCCCUUGCUCUGAUUAUGUUAUCUGCAGCUAACACUCCCAAAGCACUAGUAGACAACCAAAAUCAAUUCAGCUUCUUGAAUAUUUGGUAUUUAAAAGUGUCUUUUAGACAAUGUAAAUUGACCAUAAUUUUGCAGGAGAAGCUCAAUGUUAAAAUGCUAAACUAGGAGGUUGACUGAAGUCGGGUAGCAGUAAGAUUGGCACUGCAGAAGCAGUUUUUUCAAGAAUGUGAUUUUUUUUUUCCUGGUUCUGCCCAAUAAAUGCUAUUGACUACAAAUCAGUGAUGAAGAGCUUUUGAUUUCCAGUAAUACCAGUAUGGGGUAUAAAAAACAUUACCUGGAUUUUGGGUUUUAUUUUCAUUAAAAUUUAUUUUUCUGCUGAGUUGAGCACUGAUCUCAUCAUGGCAAAUGAAGCUUUUCUUGACGAUAGUCACAGUUCCUGAAAUGGGGAACUCUAGGUAAAGGGUGACAAUUUCAUGUGUGUCAAGAUGGCCUCAUGUUUCAGAUGGAUAGUCAAAUGCUAGUUCAUUUGUCAUCGUGAAAUGUUGCAGAUACAUGCAGUCAGUCGAGAAAGUUGCAUUCUGGAGUUACCCAUAUCCUGAAGGGAGUGAAAUAUGGGAGGAAAACACGCUGCUUUAGAUGAGAGAGGGGGGAAAUAAGGCAUUUCCCCUUUUUUCCUGUUCACUUUCCUAAAAUGUUCUUCCCUGACCUGGUUUUACUCUUCAUUACUGCCUAUUUCACUUACAAACCCACAGGUUCUCACCCAGGUAGCAUCAAAGUCACUAACCUCCAUUAUUUGCAGGUCUCUGGGAACUUCCCUGGAUAAUUAAAAAUAGAAUUGAGGCAUAACUAUUGUAAAUACAUUACUUGCUCAGUCAGUAGUGAUUUAGAAGAGAAAAAAAUAGGAAACUGCCACAUGACUCUUGAAAGGUUGUUGACUCAAUCCAACAAAUCUCUGAGAGGGUCCAUAUGGUUUUACUGUUUUCAAAAUAGGGUUAUGCUGUAGUCCAGCAGUUACCAGCAGAAAUGAGUGAAAUAAAUAGAAGGAACACUGCCAUUUACCUUGGACUGCUUUUAGUAGGCCCUUGGAUCUGUUAAGUAUCUAUGGGACAGACAUCAUGACAACAAAGAUAAUGUUGAACUGAUGAUAGAAUAAUUACAUUGUAAGCAAGCAAAGAAUAUUAGGAAACCUACAAAGCAAGCAAAAUAUUUAAAUUUUUUUUCCCACUUUCUUAUUAAGGUAUUUACAUAACACUAAAAUUCAUCCUUUUAAAGUAUACAGAGAGUUAGGCAAGUUUCGACAUGUAUACACGGUACACGGCACUCUGGGUUCCUGAAACGUUCCCUGUGUCUGUAGACAGCACCUACCCUCUCCCCCAGUCCUUGGUAACCACUGAUCUAUUUUCUGUCUGUGUAAUUUUGUCUUUGCUCCAGUGUCAUAUGUCUGGAUUCAUUCAGUGUAUAACCUUUUAAGCCUGGUUUCUUUCACUUAGCAUGAUUCUUUUGAUAUAUCUAUCCUGCAUAUAUAAAUAAUCUGUUCUUUUAAAAAAGAUGUAAGAUAGUUUAUCCUUC